GCACUGAAAUGGGUAUCUCUGUAAUUAAAGGCUUCAAAUUUUCUGGGUAUAAAUUUGGUUGUUCAGAGUGAGGAGUGUGUUUAUUUUACUUUUUAUUAUGAAAUAAAAAAAUUAAUGAAUGAUAACGCCACAGCUUGUUAAUAAUGUAUAGCCAGCCGUUCUUUUUGUUUUCUCUCUAAUAUAUCACUUUGAUAACAGAAAAAAGAAGAAGAAAAGAACACUUCAACUUCAUCGUUCUUUUAGUUUCUUUUCUUUCUUUUUUUUCUUUUUGUUGUUGCGAAAGAUGGCUUCAGAUGAAAGUAUGACGGUUGUUUCGUCCAUGGUGGAAGAUGACUAUGACGAUAUUGAUGUUGGGUUUGAGCAUCAGGCUCAUACAUAUAACUUGUCGAGGCUUUCCAUGUGUACCAGUUCCAUGUACACGAACGAGGAUGAUGAUGAUAAUCUGGGGAUGUAUCUGUCGAGGUUGUCCUUUGAUGCAGAUGUUGAUGAGGAGUUCCGUGGCAAAGAAUUGCUUCAACUCUCUUCUGACUCCGACAAGGAACCUAGCUGCUACUCUCUUCCCGCCACCCCACCUCGCCGGAGGAACCGAAAAGCGGUGUUGUCUCAGGAGCUGAUGGGAGUGGCGAAAGAUUACGCAAGUGAAAAUGAAGCUCAAAAGGGUGGUUUAAGAAGGUCAAAAGGGAACAACAAGUUGAGGAAGAGGAGGAUUACAAGAGAUAGAUGGGAAGAUAAUGAGAGUAAAAGCUGCAACAAGAAGAAAGAUGGGGAAUUAAUUGCAAGUUACAGCAACCAUAGUGGAAGUUUCAGUGGGGAAAGUGAAGGGGGUAGUGCGGGAUUGGUGGUGAUUACAAGGCCCAAAGGUGGGCAGAGGUCGCUGUGUAUGGACUUGGAGGAAGUGAAGGCGUGUAGGGAUCUUGGGUUAGAGUUGGAACAUGAGCGUAUGUUGGAGAUGCCUAGUAGCGGUGGCAAUUCUCCGAUCGCCAACUGGCGUAUCUCUAGCCCUGGUGAUGACCCAAGAGAUGUGAAGGCUCGGCUCAAGGUGUGGGCACAAGCUGUGGCACUUGCAUCCACAUCUAAACAUUGCAGCUGACUAACUGCUGCUCUUGACUAUCAUCGUCGUUUCCAUUAAAAAACCCUUUUCGAUUUUAGUUUCUUGCUUCCUAAAAAACCAAGUUACACUUAUGUACAGCUUUCCACUUGUAAAUAUAAACACUGUGGAUUAUGAAGCUAGAUGGUAAGCUUAAGCUUAAGUUACACUUUGUAAGCAGCAAGACUGAAGGCUUAAGCAUAAUUUCAGUUUCGAGCAGUGUUUGUUGUAUCA